UCCACAAUUCCUCAUCAAAAAAAAAAAAAAAACAGACCCAACUCCUUCCCUCUCUCUCCAUCUAUCACCCCCUCUUUAUUAAUCACUCUCUCUCAGACGGUCAGACCCCACAAACACUAAAACUGACCCUCAGAAGAAGGAAGAAGAAGAAGAAGAAGAAGCUAAUCUCUGAUCUCAGAGCUAGCUAGCUAGAGAUGAGUAGGGGAAGUACUAAUGUUGAAAAUAAUGGAGGAGGAUCCCAAGGCGGACCUUGCGGUGCUUGCAAGUUCCUCAGGCGAAAGUGCUUGAGAGGCUGCAUAUUUGCGCCCUAUUUCGACUCAGAUCAAGGCACAGCUCACUUCGCGGCGGUGCACAAAGUUUUCGGUGCAAGCAACGCCUCCAAGCUACUCCUGCGCAUACCGGCUCACAAGAGGCUCGAUGCUGUGGUCACUCUUUGCUAUGAGGCUUUUGCUAGGGUUCGAGACCCGGUUUAUGGCUGCGUUGCUCACAUUUUCACCCUCCAGCAGCAGGUAGUGAAUUUGCAGGCAGAGUUGGCCUAUGUUCAGGCCCGUCUUGCUACCUUUCAGCGUCUGCCGCCGCCAUCGCCCCCGCCUCAACCUCAGAGCCUUCAUUCCUUGGCCAAUGUUGUGGCCUCAUCCUCAGAUUUGGUACCAAUUUCCAACUUAAUGAUGCAUUUUGAUCCUCUUCAAACACAGCAGUGUGCAGGUCAAGAAAUGACGAGCCUUUUCAAUCCACUGGAUCAAGAACUCAUCGAUGGUGAAGAUCUCCAAAUAUUAGCACGAGAAUUUGUCUCCCGCUAUUUGCCGGGAGUGAGGUUCCGGCCUCCAGGUCCUCACCAAAAUUUCUAACUCUGUUGUCAACUGAUAACCUUUCAAUUUUACAUGUACGUUGUGGUUGGCUUUUUGCAAGCAGUGUUGCUUCAGUUUAAUGAAGGUGUACUAUUUUGGAUUUCAAAUGUUAACCACAUUACUUGGUAGAUUGAUUGGAUGUUGAUUUGUGCUCCA